AAAAAACAACUGAACUACCGCGCUCUGGCAGCGAAAGCGCUCGGGCUGCAACUCGAAGAUACGAUGGGGAUGAACAAAGGGAAAAGUAACAAAAUAUCGCUCACACAACUUAACGGUCGUUUGACGAAGCAACCGGGUGGAGCAGCCGCGCAGCUGAACACCAGUAAUACAACCAGUAACGCAACUGACAACAACGACACCAAUCCGCUAAAUCGCGACCUCGUGCAACUCGACCCAAGUUCCGGAAACGUAAAGAUCGAGAUCGGCGCGCAGAACCACACACUGCUGAUCGCUUUUGACCAGUUGAAGGUCACAUUCGACCUGGAUGAGCAGUUCGGUAUUGAAGAAGACAACAAAUACGACGCGAAAGAGCGAAAAGCAGCCGAGCCCCUGUUCCUGCCCGCACCGGAAAGAUUUUACCCGGCUAGCUGGAACGCGACGCCGAAAGAAUUCCGAGGGCCGUGCGCGCAGUCGCCCCAUUGCGUGUCCAUGACCCGGAACUGCGAGCCGAUUUUGAACCUCUUCGAGUGCAAUCAGUGCCUCGAGCCGGAUUUCGGAAUCGUGUUGGAAGCGCCGACGAACAAGACCGAGGGGCAGUGUGGUCUCUGCUUGCCUUAUCCGAACCGGGAUGAGUGCGACAUUCAAUCCAACAAGUUUUGCUUCAUGGAGUUGAAAUCAAAAGAAAUACCGGUGGAUGAAAACUACAAGCAGAUCGUUGACGACAGUACGUCCAGUCAAGUUCCCGUCAAGGGGGAAAUCAAGGGAAACAACUUUUUCUCCUUUUCCGACUACUUUCCGCAGACCAUCCACGCCCUUUCCCAGUUCACGGGGAUCGGGGACAACGACCAAAAAUCAGUCCUCGUUUUCGAGAAAAAACCGUACUUCCAAUGCACGAAGUGCAAACUCGGGUUCAACCGAACGGCAGAAGGGAAGUGCGUGGCGGAGUCACCAGUGAAAAGAGCCCUCGUCAUAUUGUGAGGAAAAAUCCCCCCUCCCCAUAUCGAAGCGGUAUGAUUCCAAAAAAUUGUGUUGCUGAUUUGAGCCCACAAAUCACGUCUGUCUUGCAAGAGGACAAGUGCAGAGGCUUCCGCGCCAUUAUGGAAGCGAUUUGGCAUGCUGUUGGGCCUAGGGGACGCCCGUUUGUAAUGCUAAACAACUAGACCUAGGCUGAGGAUCUGGCUGCGAUGCCUUACCGCAAGACAGCGCGCAUUUGUGUACGGAAAUUCCGCAUCACAGCUUCCCGUUUUGAUAUGGGGAAGGGGGAUUUUUCAUUUUGAUACGCCACCGUCGGGAAAAUUGCCGGCGGGUUCUGUUCGCGCGACCCCGACUGCGAAUUUUUCGGGAAAGAAUGUAAAAGCGAGGACAUCCAGUGGCCUUGCGAGAUCUGUGGCUGUGAGAAACCGGUUUUCAACGAGAAGACAAAGCUUUGUGACAGGGAUGGGGAACUCUAUCGGGAGAGUAGAGAGGAAAUUUUAGACGGGAAGGGGUGGAGCAGUCAAUACAGCCUCGUCUUAACCAAACAGCAAGCGUCGAUGGAAGAGAAAUCCGACGGGGAUUACUGGCCGGAAGUCCUGGAAGCGCUAAACAUUCCGCAAAUUUCCAAAGAGCUCCCCGAUUGGCCGCGGUUGGACGGUUUGGAUUUGAUUUUUCACGAGUCGUUCUGGGAGAAGGCCACGAAAUUGAAGCAAAAAAUUGACAAGUCGCUCGGCGGUGUGAACUUAGACGACCAGGUGGUGUUACACACCUGCGACGACAUGAGCCGGCAUUUGACCGGGCCGCUGUUGAACGCGACGGCGGAAGAGGAGGAUGAUGAUGAAAACGCGGCCUUUUUGCAAUUACAGGAGAGCAGGACAAGCACCAGAGAUAGUUCUACAGGAAGUAAGGAUGAGGAGAGCACUAAAGAAUUGUUGUCACAGAAGAUGAAAAAAAUCCCCGCACCAACCACCGUGACCGCCAACCACGUCGGGCUGUCUCUCAAGGUCGAUUUGAAACACGCAAAUCUCCAAGACGCCGAGGCCGAAGCGAGCGGGUUGCUGCGGGAGAAGGAGACAACACAACUGCGGAAAAAUAGAAAAUAUGAUCCCAAAGCCGACCCGUCCCUGAACAACAACAACACCGGGGUCACACAGCCGGACAAAACGCGGCAGAGUCUCCAGGACCGCAUCUCUCUCCACGAGGCGCUCGCGUACAAGCCGCAGUGCGGGCCGGUCUCGAAGAAUUUCAACUUCACGAAAAAAAUGCGAGUGAACGCCCAGGUCACCGUCUCCCUCCGCUUCUGGGCGCUGUUCUGGGACAGGCCGUAUCAAAAUGAAAAAUCCCCUCUCCCCAUAUCGAAAAGGAAAUCUGUCAUGCUGGAUUUGCGUACACAAAUCAGAUUUGUCUUGCAGUAGAAGACUGCUCGCAGAUCGCAAGCUCAGACGGGGGCCUUUUGGUGUAGGCACCUAGCAUGGUAGACGGCUGCCCUGUAGUCCUUACAGCGUUACAAGUCGCCUGCUUAGUGUGGCAGAGAGCCUGUAUGUGCCUCCUAGCAAGACAGACAGGAUCUGUGGCCGCGAAUCUGCAUCACAAAUUUUCAGAAGAGACGGCUUCAAUAUGGGGAGAGGGGAUUUUUCCUUUUGAUAGACCGGGUGAAGCGUUUAUCAAGUUCAACAACGAGACCGUCGCGACCGACACGACCAACGGGUUUGCCUGCGGCCGGGGGCAGAAGCACAUCUCGUCCUGGCAGCCGUACGUCGGCCGCUCGCCCGGGACGGGGAUUUGUCUGAUCACCAUGCGUAUCAACUGCAAAUAUGUCUGGGUCUGGAAGAAUCAUGCUGCUUUUGCAUGACACAGAAGGUCUGGCAUGGACGCUCCAGCAUCACAGGUUUCGAGAAGCGUUCGCAAUGCCGAAUCUGCAUGACAAAUCCCUGAUUUUGGUGACAGAAAGUGGGCAACUUUUGCUGCCUAUGCAUGAGAGAUUUUUCUGCGUUCUGAAAUGCGCAUCACAAGUUUCAACCUUCCAGACCCAGACAUUAUUGCAAUCCAUAAUGCGGGCGAAAGUGAAGAAGCAAAAUCAUCAAGAUUUCAGAAUCACCGUCGGCUCGAAAAACGUCUCCCAGCCGUUUGCGUUCGACGACGUGCGGAUCGUGUACGACGCAGCGGACCCGGGAGAAGUGAACCCGCCCGAGUGCGCGCAAUUCAACGACAGCAAUUGGGCGGUCAACUUCACGCCGGCGGCGAACGGGUUCUACGGCCAAAAAGGAUUGAACUACACGGAAACCGCCGACUACAAGAUUACCGGGGAGGAUGCAGACUUGCAGACCACUGUGGACGAAGAGUUUGACGAGUUUAAAUCGCUGGAGAAUUGGCUUCGGACGCCGGAGGGGCGAGCCUACCUGGGCACGACCGCGGACGGACUGGCGAUCGCGCGGGCAAUCAAAGCGAAGUACCACAUUCUCGAGUCCCUCGCCUCCGCUGUAGAAUCGGACAUGAUCAGCAACGAGACGGCGAUGAAAAUCGAGCAAAAGUAUCUAGAAGAGUUCUCCCUCCUGAAAGACCUACCGGAGGUGGUGAAAAAACUCGAGGAAAAAGCGAAGGAGGAAGACCUGAUCGCGCCCAAAAUGUCGAAGGAGACUUACGAAGUGAACGUGAACCAAGAAGAAAACAAAAUUCCGAACAUUCCGGUAUCGAACGUGCCGUUUCUGAUCCGGAAAAUCGUGCGAACUUUGCGAAAGAUGAAAAACAAGGCAACGAAUAGACACGUGGAAGACAACAUCGUCGACGAAGCAUUGGAUACCUUGUACAACUCGGACGGUGGGAUAGCAGCAGAUGAAACCUCUUCAGAUGCUGCCUACGCAGACGAAGAGAGUUCAUCUUCCACCUCUUCUUUCGAAGGAACGGACGAAUACGGGAUGAACUAUCCUUCUGUCGUCCGAGAAGCAAAACUACUGCCCGAGACGAGCAUGACUGAACAACAGUUCGCUCUGACCGCGGAAAAGCGGCUGCAACUGGAAAACGAGCUAGCCCACCAGGAGGAACUGCGAAAGCAGGAAUGGUUCUGGCCCUUCACUAGUAGUUCGAACAGUGCAGAUGAAAUCCCCCCGGACGAGAUCUUCACCAACGAAACAGUCACCUUCGACAUGCCGCUCGGCCCCAAGACCACCCCGCCCUUUAUCUCCACCGUCGCUUGGACGGACAGGCUGCCGGGGUAUCUCCCACCGGGGGGGGAGAUCGUCGGGUACGAACCGGAUGGCACCUGGUAUCUGGAUUUCCUCGGCGCGAAAAAGCACUGCGAGGAGUUGGAGUACUGUGGGGGGGUGAUGUCGCAUGGGCUCGGGUGGUAUUGGACGUUAAAAACGGCGGAGCACCUAGCAAAGGACAGCCGGCCGAUCGGCGGGAGUAAAUCGCCCUUCUUCACCUAUUUGAUCCCGGGCCGGAUCGUGCAGAACGGCGGUUACCAGCAGUGCCCCGAGGAGGAGCUCCGGAACUGCGUCUUGUCGAGCUGUCUGAAAAAGCAGUACAGCAACUGGCUCUACGACAACUUGUUUUUCUUCUUCCCUUCCGCCACGGAGCUCGCUGCCGCCGGCUACAUCCCGCACCACACGAACGUGAUCAAAUCCAUACCGUCUUUACCGGGUCGGCCGAAUUUGACGAUGCCGGGAUUUACUAUGCCGAAUGUUAGCAUGAGCAUGCCGGGCAUGCCCGGGUUUCCGGCAAUGCCGAAUGUCUCCCUGCCCGGCAUGCCACUUCCCUCUGCCUCUUCGAUGAAUUUCACGAGUUACUUCCCGACGAUCCGGUUACCCAACGGAACCUACUGGAAGUCGAAGGUGCCAAUCCCCGCGAUCAGAAUCAACAGCAGUUACUGGCUCAACGCGUACAACGCUUUUCCGAAUGCAAGGCUAGGGAAUGGGAGCAGCAAUGGAAGUAAUACUUCUGCAUCAUCAUCAGCCUGGAGCUACUUGAGAGAUUUUUUCGCGCAGAACAAUCUGUCCGCCAAGGAGGUCGAGGAGCAAAUGGGCAUUGAUAUCAACAACCUGGCGAACAAUGGGUCCGAAGCAGUAGCGGAAAAUUUAUCCUCCUUUGUUCUCCCCCCGCCGACGAAUGAUUCUGAUUUUUACAGCAAUGAAAGUGCCGCUUUAUUUCCUUUUGCGAAUAACAACACCACUUUCACCGAUUUUUACCCGCACCAGAAUCAGGAGAUUUUGGUGGAAGAUUCUGCCACCGACGCCGACCUCAUCCCGCCCCCGACCACGCAAAACUACUGUCGGCUGUGCGAACCGCACUACGGGCUGCUGCGGGACCCGGAGCAGCUCGCUCUGGUGGGACGCUGCGUCCCCUGCAACCCGGCGAACCCAGGGUGCAAAGUCCCGUCCGACCGCGAGUGCGUAACUGGGGUGAACAAAACGUUACUCCAGUUAACGAUGGUGAAGUACCAGUACAAGUGUUUGCAGUGCGAGUCUGGCUACCAGCUAGACCAGGACACGCAGCAGUGCAGGGUCUCCACCUCCUCGGAACUGAUUAUUUCCGAUCCGGUUGGGAAGACGGGUCAGCAGCCGGUCGCCCAUGAUCUAUGGCUGACCGGGUCAGAAGGAAUCGCCCCGGCCGUCACGUUCAUCGUGUGCCAAAAGGACCCCAACUGCCAACUGUUCGCAGACAACUGCAACAAGACGCGGCUGUGGCCGUGUUUGCAGUGCGGUCCGUCCGCGCCGGUGAUGGACAACAAGCUGUGCCGGAAGAAAAAAAGCCUCCUCGACGAACGAGGGACGGAGUUAGUGGGUAUCGGCUGGUCGAGCAACAGCACGGUCUACUCCGGGACCGCGAAUUUGCGGACGUGUAAAAAAGUGGAGUAUUACAACUACAAAAAUUACAGCAUUUCCAACUUCGAGGAAAGUAUAAUACCCAGCGGAGAUCUGAUGUCGAAUGCAAAUUUCUCCAUGGGCGGCGGUAACAGCAGCAGCAACGCAAGCAAGAAGUCCUCAACAAAAGACAGCGUCGCUGCUGUCACUCUUCCGCAGUUAGCGAGAGAAUUGUUCCACCUCCGCCAGGACGACCCAUCGGUGCCUAAUUUGCUAAACCCGCAACCUGGCCUGGACAUGCUCGGGAAACGGUGCGACGCGAUCAAGAAAACCAUGAACUUGGAGGAGCUGGGGCUGCACCGUUCCGGCUACAUCAAAAUCUCGGUCGAAGUGUGGACCCUGUUCUGGUCCCCGCACGACAGUCUGCAGGGCACGGCCUCGGUGAAAAGGGAAGAGCGGGUGUGGCUGAAGGCUAACGGGGUGGAGCUCGACGGGGUCACCAUCAACGACGGCAACUGCCGAAGGACGGACGUGGGGUUCUUAGGCACGACGGGGGAAAAUUUCGAUAGCGACGGAGACGAUUUUUCGUCCUACGCUUCCGCGCUCAAGGACGCAACUGGAAGUAGUGGUGACAAAAAUGAUACUUCUGCCUCGCUGCAACCAGAUCCCGUCACUCUGAUCCAGCAAUUCCCGGCGACGGCUUCCGCGGCGUACCGCAUGCGUCGCUCGAGACCGCUGGCCACCUUUGCCGGCUGGCCCGCGGAGUCGGCGUAUUACUUGGACGACAAAAAACAUGGCGGACCGGUUUGCGUGGGCAUCCUUACCGGGUACGCUUUUUACAAGUAUCCGAACAACAUGGAGGUCGAGAUCGGUGUAAGUCAGCCGGACCGGCUCAAUUUCGCGCUGGACCAGUUCCACGUCGACUAUGACGCCGAUCAGCAAGACUUGUGGAAGAACGCCAGCCUCGGCAUUCCCGAAGCGAUCGUCCGUGUGGCCGAACUCGAGGCGAAGGAGCAGGGCGUGGCGGUGCAGGAGGUUCUGCAGGGAAUCGAUGGACUGACUUCAAAUGAAACCAACACUACGAACGAGACGAAUGAAACGGGAUCAACUUCUCUGUUCAACGGAACAACUGACGCAGCCGCGACUUUGUUCCCGCUUCCCACGCUCGCGUUUUCGACCUACACCCAGCUGUGGAGCGCUUUUUUCGACAUGUUCUACCGAAAAAACGCGACGGGGAACUUGACAGUGGACGGGAAAAUUGUGGUCGCGAAUAAAAGCACCGGCAACGUGGCCAUCACGGAUUGGAAUUACACUUGGAACGAGUCAUCUAGCACUCGUCGUACUGGCGAUGGUUAUUCCUACAACUCAAAUACAGCACCAGGAAUGACGAAGGGUAACAACUCUGCUCUGAACACGACGUCCGGUGUGCCUGUCAACCAAUUUUCCCCGAAUUUCGGCUACAACCCCUUCGAGCAGCAAUUACUCCUGCUCCAAAAAGCGCAGCGCGCCGCGUCGCAGGUUCUCUCGACGUCGCAUGAGGAUCAGCAGGAACAUUCAAAGGUGUAUUCGGAUAAUUCCCUUUCGAGGACGUCAACGUCAACCACGGCGGGAAGAAAAGCAAAAGACCAGAACGUCAGAGAAAACAGAAAAUUGCAAAAGAAAAAAGAAAAUGGAAAUCUGCACCCAGUUAUCGGCGCUUUGACCUCCGCACAGCAGGCGCUGGAUAAACUGACGCGGCAAAGGGAGGACACCAUCAAGCACAGGCGGGCACUAGACGCUGGCGACGACUAUGGUGAAGACGGGAAGAAGAGUUCCGCGGCGGAAAAUCGUGGCAGCGGCAGCACGGAAAUAGAAAAAUGGCUGAAGGACGGUGAAGACCUCGACCAAGAGAAAAAAUCCGUCGUACCCACGAUCGCCGGGCCGGCGGCGGUAGACAGCAGCGGGAGCGCGAUACUGAAUAGAAGUAAAGCUGCUGCGCAGAGAAAUGGUAAGGAGACCACUCCGGGACAACUUGUAGACGGACACGAGGCAGGAGACCGCACACCACCAGUAGUUGACGAAAGCAAAAAACCGGUGCUGAUCGGUGCCAAGCGAGAAGUGGAAGAAUUCAUUUCCGGUAAUUCGAAACAGCGAGACGGACCAUCAUCGGAAAUUGCUUCUGCUGCUGAUAAAGCACCAGCAUCGUCUUCCUCCUCUCUCUGGUCUGGUGUGACGGAUUUGCUGGGUUUGAAUGCAGGUGGACCUCCACCUCCACCAGCAGGUGCGGAGGCUCCUGCUGGUUCUGGUACCAGUAGCGAAGAAGAGAAGAAGGGUUCAUCUUCUGCUACUACUUCAACCGGAUUACUAGGCACUUCUUCAGUGUCGCCUAGUUCGACAGAAAAUCGUGCAGAUCAAAUAUCGUCUUCAGCCUCGAGCACUACAACUGGGGAAGAAAGCAGGAGCCAUGUAGACUUGCUGUCGGGCACACUGCCGCCGGGGGGAAUCGACAUAAAACUCCCGGCAGACUACAUGAAAAAAGAUGCUCGUGGUCCCGCUGCACCGGCUCGCGCGGAGGUAAACACGCAGCAGCACGAUGAAGAUCAGGCACAAGAACAAAGCAAAAAGACUGCGGGAAAAAACAAAUCCGAAGAUGAGGAGGAAGAUCAUCGAAUGUUGACCAGCACUACAAGGGCCGUAAAGGACGUGAAGGAUACGCGUAAGGAGCAGGAUCAUUUUUUUCCUUCUCAGAAAGAAAAAGAGGAGGUGGAAAAGCUUGAGGACAAGAUUCCAGCUGAGCGAAAGGCUGAGAUCCUGCGGACGCUGACACGGGAAAGAAUAGAAGACCAGACGAGAACCUCCGGUGCAAAUUUGUCAGGAGAUCAUGGGAAGAGAGCACAACUGAAAGGAAAAAGACAUCAAAACGAAAGAGAAAGAAGUUCCUUUGUGCAGGACGCUGUCGCGUCGAGUUCGUCAACGUCUACUUCCGUAGUUUUUAGAAGUAAAGACGAAAACAACUACAGCAAACAACAAGAAGAUCCACGACCCCAUCAUCCGCAAAAUGGUGAGGAGCAGACCAGCAGUGACGACAAUUCCAUCAAGGAGAAUAAAGAACAAGUAGACGACCAUGGAAGUACAACGGCCAGCGACAGCAGCGCGCCAAGUCAACAUCAAGAAGAUUUUCCGCACAGCGCGCUAUUUCGCGCGUUCGCACCGAUCGAGGCGCUUGUGCCGGUUCCGAGAGUAAUCGAGAAGACGGACGAAGAAGUAGAUCAUGAGCAAGCGCCGGGACGACGGGGGAAGAUAGAUUCUCCAACUACAACCACUUCUGAAGAAGAGCAAAGCAAAGCAGGAGAAAAGGAGGGAAGUAGUAAUUAUUCAAGCACAGGUGGUGCUCAGGACCUAUCAUUGUUGCAGAAAAAGACAACGGCCUUCGCGCACGAACAAGAGGCACGGAAGAAUGUCGCUCUCGCGAAAAAAACGGCGACAACUUUGACGCACGUACAGGAGGGGCAGCGGCACCCGUUGUUUGGCUCAACCCUGAUCGACGACGCAAACAAACCAAACGAGCACAACAAGCAUGAGCGGAAUAAUGCUGCUGCAGAAGGAGCUUCUGGUCCUUCUCAAUCUCAUGUGCCUUUAACCUCGCAUGGGCAUGUCGGCCUUAGUACUCAGCCAGAAAAUAGCGCCAAUGUGGACCCGGGUCAUCAGCGGUUGCUCACCCGCUUGAAACAUCUGGAGAAUGAUGUGGAUAAAAAGCGGAGCGAAAAAGAUAAAGGGAGAUAGCUGAAAGGCAGAGAGCAACGAGAAUAAAUAGCCCCGAGGUGAUUUUUUUUUGUAAUUUACUAAAGUGCUGUCUACUGAGUCUGUUUUUUAGGGUUGGUUUCUUUUCCUAGUCUAAGUGUCAAGUUAUUUGUGUACAAAAAAUUUUGGCGGGCGAAAGUAACGCUAUAGAUAGUGAGUGCCUACCUUUGACGAGAUUGGAUGAGGAUAAAUUGAUCUCUGCCGCCAGUGCCUACAGGCGCGGCCUCAAAAAGUCAUUCUUUCAAUUCCAAACACGAGUACUACCACCGGUACUCCUGCUUUUACCAAACCAGUUUCAAAACAGAUCGGUUUUUGCAAAUCGUUUCGAACUUUUUACUGCACAUAUGAAGAUAAAUGCUUCGUAAUCUUAUACCCCAAAAAAAAUUUUGCAAACAAAAGAUGCUCUGGUGUUUUUUGAAUAUCUAACGACUUCUAAAAUUUAUUGCAACGACAAGACGCCGGGUUUCGUUUUUGGCCUAAAAAUCUACCAACACAUCAACGUAGUAUGUAAACUUCGAUGCGUUUGCUGUUUCUGUGCAGAAAACAACUCAGCAGCUGCUUUCCGAGAAAAGUGAAGGGAUUCCGUACUUACUUUCACAGAAACGCUGCGUCUAUCGACGUACUAUGAAAAGACGUAUUGCGUUUCGUAUUUUUUUGAAAGGAAUAACAGACUGUAGUAAACUAGUAGGUACAUCAACACCGCUAGCAUCGCGUGCAGCUGAACACAGUUGCGUUUCGUAGAGCAAUCCAAUCAUAAUUUUUGACGAGCACAGUUUGCAAAGCGGUAGCGCAGGAGAUGGCGAUGAUCCAGAACCUGCGCUGGUGCUGCGCAAGCCAUUGCCAUUCUAAAUUUGCUGAAUUCAUAAAGUUUUAGUUUACGUACGUUUAUCUGAAAAAGACUAAGUAAGCAGUAGGGGUUUAGCGCACUUCCACUGACAAGCACCUUCAUUUUCUGCAAUGAAAAUCACAACCGUAUUCGUAAUCGACUUCCAAGAAAAAAAGGACGAGACGCACAAAAACUUCUGACGCAUGUUCGAAUUUUGGGAAAAUUUUGCAACGAUUUCGCAAAGAAAAUAGUAAGAACGAACUACAGAAACCACAGUGGUUUGGAUUCCAGCAAAGCAUCUCUGGGAGUUCGCACUACCGGUAGGCGAACUUAGCCGGAGAGUCUAGCGACUCCGAUCUGUGUCAGUUGUUUUCAGGCUUUUUUAGAACAAAAAAAGUGCAUUAUCGCUACUAUCCCACCGUAGUCCUAAGACUUCAACAACGCCACCGCCAGAAGUUACACGCGAAGAUUUUGCGACUUUAUCGCUACGUCGACGUAGAAACAAAAGUGGGACGAGAAAAACUCGUGGUGAGAUCCGACAAUGAGAAGAAACAGCUCCGAGGAUGAACAUAGUAAGCUCGUAUACCUCGCCUAAAAAAACGAACAGAAAUUGUCGACCUUACCGUGUGACGAUGCUAAUUUUUCUCGAAUCAAUGUAGACCUGUAGCUCCUUUUUCCUUUUUCUAGCCGAUAGCUUGGUUUCCGCCACCAGUCUGCUUACUACAAGCGUUUGAUCUUCCAGUUAGGAAAGUUCUGUAUCUCUCAGUUUAUCCGCAUCUGUAGCUGUUGUAGAAGUCAGUCUCUCCGCUUUAUCCUUAAGUUAGUUGCAGUCAAAGUUGUCAACACAUUUUCUACACUCACUCUGUUGAAAAAGCUCUACCAUUGGACGCUUUGUGCUCUCCGCCUCCGGGUGUUGAGAAGCAUCUUGUUAAACACAAGAAUUGUUUUUAAUGGGCAUGUGCUCCUGCCCGGAUUGGCGUCCACACUGGCAUUUGGUAGUCGCGUGCCCGCGGUGCAUAGCGUUGCGUCGUUCCCUGCCCCGGUCUAGUGAGCCACAUGCAAAGAGGCCACCGCCAACCACCACCCUCUGAAGAAUUUUCUGUAUCUGUAUCUGAGCUUGAGACGUC